GACACAAGGACCUGUACAAGGAGGCCAUGAUGGAGGAGCACCAGCCUCUUAUAUCACAAGAAAUUCCCAGUAAGCGUUCUGAGGAAAACUUCAUGUUGUUACGAAAUUAUAAAGUAGAAGAUGAAGAUAUAAUGCAGCGCUCUUCAGGAGAAAACCUUAAUGUUCAUCCAGGACUUCACAGUACAGAAUUAUCAUAUAAUAGGGAACCUUUUACUGAACAAUCGCACGUUGUUAUCACAGGUACAGCUCAAAAAGGUGGUAAAAGUGGUAAACAGUUCACAAAAAGCUUGGACCUUUCUAAACAAAAAAGAACUCACACAGGAGAGAAGCCAUAUUCAUGUUCAGAAUGUGGAAAAUGUUUUACACAAAAAUCAGAUCUUGUUAAUCAUCAUAGAUUUCACACAGGAGACAAACCAUAUUCAUGUUCAGAAUGUGGGAAAUGUUUUACACAGAAAUCACAUCUUAUUACACAUGAGAGAAGUCACACAGGAGACAAACCAUAUUCAUGUUCAGAAUGUGGGAAAUGUUUUGCACAAAAAUCAGCCCUUGUUAAACAUCAUAGAUUUCACACACGAGACAAACCAUAUUCAUGUUCAGAAUGUGAGAAAUGUUUUACACAGAAAUCUCAUCUGAUUACACAUGAGAGAAGUCACACAGGAGAGAAGCCAUUUUCAUGUUCAGAAUGUGGAAAAUGUUUUACACAGAAAUCUCAUCUGAUUACACAUGAGAGAAUUCACACGGGAGAGAAGCCAUAUUCAUGUUCAGAAUGUGGAAAAUGUUUUACACAAAAAUCAGAUCUUGUUAAACAUGAGACCAGUCACACAGGAGAGAAGCCAUAUUUAUGUUCAGAAUGUGGGAAAUGUUUUAUACAAAAAUCAGUCCUUGUUAAUCAUCAGAGAUUUCACACAGGAGAGAAGCCAUAUUCAUGUUCAGAAUGUGGGAAAUGUUUUACACACAAAUCGGAUCUUGUUAAACAUCAGAGAAGUCACACAGGAGAGAAGCCAUAUUCAUGUUCAGAAUGUGGGAAAUGUUUUACGCAGAAAUCUCAUCUUAUUACACAUAAGAGAAGUCACACAGGAGAAAAGUCAUAUUCAUGUUUAGAAUGUGGAAAAUGUUUUACACAAAAAUCUGAUCUUGUUAAACAUCAGAGAGUUCAAACAGGAGAGAAGCCAUUUUCAUGUUCAGAAUGUGGGAACUGUUUUACACACAAAUCAGAUCUUGUUAAACAUCAGACCAGUCAUACAGUAGAGAAGCCAUAUUUAUGUUCAGAAUGUGGGAAAUGUUUUAAACAUAAAUCAAAUCUUAUUACACAUGAGAGAAGCCACACAGGAGAGAAGCCAUAUUCAUGUACAGAAUGUGAAAAAUGUUUUACACAGAAAGUACAUCUUAUUACACAUCAGAGAAGCCACACAGGAGAGAAGCCAUAUUCAUGUUCAGAAUGUGGAAAAUGUUUUGCACGCAAAUCAGUCCUUGUUAAACAUCAUAGAUUUCACACAGGAGACAAACCAUAUUCAUGUUCAGAAUGUGGGAAAUGUUUUACACAGAAAUCACAUCUUGUUACACAUCAGAGAUUUCACACAGGAGAGACACCAUAUUCGUGUUCAGAAUGUGGGAAAUGUUUUAAAAAUAAAUCACAUCUUGUUACACAUGAGAGAAGUCACACAGGAGAGAAGCCGUAUUUAUGUUGAGAAUGUGGGGAAUUUUUUAGAAGUAAACCACAUCUUGUUAUUCAUGAGAAAAUUCACACAAGAGGUACACUAUAUUGAUGUUCAGAAUGUGGGAAAUGUUUUACAAAAAAAUCAGGUCUUGUUAACCAUGAGAAAAGUCACAAAGGAGAGAAACCAUUUUCACAUAUUUUAACAUAUCAUCAAUUUAUUGAUGGACCUUAAACAGCCAAUAAAAUAUUUUUUAUUUUUGGUUACAAUUAUUCUGGAUCUCCCAGAUGACCAAAUUAAUAUUUCUCUGAUGUAAACUGUGACUGAGAUCCACAAAGGAAAAGUGUUGUGGAUAUAAGGAAGAGAAGAAGAGCUUUGUUUACUUCCAGAGCAGUGAAGAUUAAUUGUCCCCAUGAACCUUGCUUCUUAUCACUGUAUUCACACCUCCCUCCACCCACACUGCGGGAGAGUCCAGAGUGACAUGGGGAGAAGUAACAACGCUCCAUGGAAUUGUUUUAAAAGUAAUGGACUCUCCAGGCUUUUGGGGAGAUCAAUCCUUUCUUCUGUCCUGUGGAAGAAAGAUGUUUUAGUUAGCACUUGUCCACUAAUAUGCUGCAGUCUCUGCUUAGCUCACACAGGCUGCGGGCUCUUCCCUCUAUGUCCUGACCACAUUAUAUUAACCAAAUAAUAUUAAAUGCUAAUGAACAGAAAAGGAACAUAUCCAGUCAAGAUCCUCAACCUGUGGGUUUGCAGCAGAGUCUGCUUUUCAAUGAGCAGGUACGCACUAAACUGUCUUCCAUGGCACAGAAGAAAAGAUGGGUUUUCUAAAAACAAAACA